AUCGCUAAUCCUUUUGACGUCUGCGUCAAUCAAAUGUCAAAAAUCUCAUAACCUAUUUAUUAAUUUGAAUAUUUAGCAACAAACAUAAGAAUGUUGCGAAAGCUCCUGCAGGUGCAGCUGCGCCACAAUUUAAAUAAAUUCUGCAACAACCCUAAUUUAAGGCAGAUCAGCUAUGCCAAGCCAAAAUCCAACAACGUUUCCAAGAAGAUCCCCCUCUAUGGUAUGGCUCUUGGAAUUGUUGCAGGCACAGGUUACUCAAUUUACAAACUGAAUGAACCAAGGGGUCAUAUUCUUAGUGAACAGAUUGUAAUUCCGAUGAUCAAAAAUGCACCCAAGUACACCCCAUCUAGAUCUAUUGCUAUACCAAGUGAUAAAACUGGACUUAAAUUAACCCUGUUCCAAUACCAAACAUGCCCCUUCUGUUGCAAAGUCAGGGCUUUCCUAGAUUACCAUGGUAUAUCAUAUGAAGUUGUGGAAGUUGAUCCAGUCUUGAGGCAAGCCACCAAGUGGUCUACUUAUAAGAAAGUGCCAAUUCUACUAGCUGAAGUUGAUGGUGGAUAUCAGCCCUUAAAUGAUAGUACGAUGAUAAUAUCAUCGCUUGCGACCUACUUGUAUGAAGAUCAAUCGCUCAGAGACAUAGUCCAGUAUUAUCCGUAUUUACGGUACCAAGCAGAAGAUGGUAGCGAGAAGAAUGAAAUUAUGAACAGGUAUUUCCUGAUGUACAACCAAGAGAAGGUGAAGAACAGAACAAAAGAAGAUAUGAAUGAAGAGCGCAAGUGGAGGAUGUGGGCUGACGAUGUGCUGGUGCACGAUUUGUCCCCUAAUGUUUAUAGAACCAAAGCUGAGGCGUUGCAAGCUUUUAACUGGUUUUCGGAGGUCGGUGAUUGGGAGAGACAGUUUCCGUCCUGGGAAAGAAAUUUAAUUAUUUAUGUUGGAUCUAUGGCUAUGUUGUUAAUAGGAAAGCGACUCAAGAAAAGGCAUAACUUGAAGGAUGAUGUGAGGGAAUCGCUCUACGAUCACUGCGACGAAUGGGUGACCGCCAUCAGAAAUAAGGGGACGGAAUUCAUGGGUGGCUCCGCCCCUAAUCUGGCCGAUCUGGCUGUCUACGGUGUGCUGUCAAGCAUCGAAGGGUGCGAUGCCUUCAAGGAUCUGUCAAAGGAAACGGGUAUAAUGAAAUGGUACGGAUCCAUGAAGGCGGCCGUCAAGAAUCACGGCGGAAGUCAAUUUGUUUAAUUCGUUAAGUUAUUAUUGUAAAUGUAAUUAUUAUAAUUAUUGAAGACUGUUAUUAGCUGAUCAGUGCUUUUUGCUACGAGUUGUUAACAAUAAAUUCCUCCGCAUGGGA